GCAACAACCAAAUCAGAGCAAGAAAGAGCAAGGAGCACUAGCUGCUACCUGGUCAGUCUCGGAAUCUCUGCUACCCCCUCCCCGUCUCCCGUCCUUCCAGCAAGCAAGCAAGCAGCAGCUCGAUCCAUUCUGCGCCUCAUGGCGGCGGCGAAGUCCAUCGAGCGGCUCGCGCAACGCCGGGUGGCCCCGGCCGAGCCCACGCCGGUCGGACCACUCCGGCUGUCGUGGCUCGACCGGUACCCCACCCAGAUGGCGCUGAUCGAGUCGCUCCACGUGUUCAAGCCGGAUCUAGACCGCGACAUUGAUGCCGCUGCUAGCCCAGCCAAGACGAUUGAGACGGCCCUGGCUCGGGCCUUGGUCCAUUACUACCCGCUCGCCGGCCGCUUGGUCCUCUCAGACGCCGGCGCGCAGCAGGAGGUGGACUGCAGCAACGCUGGCGUCUGGUUCACCGAGGCCGCGGCUGCUUGCAGCCUCGAGGACGUGGACUACCUGGAGGCCCCGCUCAUGAUCCCCAAGGACGAGCUCCUCCCGCCCACGCCCGCCCAGGAGGACGAGCGCGAGCUUGUGCUGCUCGUCCAGGUCACCUCCUUCGCGUGCGGCGGCUUCGUCGUCGGCUUCCGGUUCAGCCACGCGGUGGCCGACGGCCCAGGCGCCGCGCAGUUCAUGAACGCCAUCGGCGAGUUGGCGCGCGGCACGGAGAGCGUGUCGGUCGUGCCGCAGUGGGGCCGCGAGGCGAUCCCGGACCCGUCCUGCGCCCUGAUCGGGAGCCUUCCGGAGCCCGCGGGCGCCAAGCGGCUCGAGUACCUCGCCAUCGACAUCUCGGCGGACUACAUCGACCACUUCAAGAGCCAGUACAACGCGGCGCACGCGGGCGUGGGCGGCUGGUGCUCGGCGUUCGAGGUGCUGAUCGCCAAGGCGUGGCAGAGCCGCACCCGCGCGGCGGGGUUCGAGCCGGAUUCCCCCGUCCAUCUCUGCUUCGCCAUGAACGCGCGCCCAAUGCUGCACGCUUCCCUCCCGCGCGGCGGCGCCGGGUUCUACGGCAACUGCUACUACAUCAUGCGCGUGUCGGCGCCCGCGGGCAAGGUGGCGGGGUCCUCGGUGACGGAGGUGGUGAAGCUCAUCAAGGACGGGAAACGGCGGAUGCCAACGGAUUUCGGGCGGUGGGCGGCGGGGGAGAUGGGCGCCGGCGGCGUGGACCCGUACCAGAUCACGUCGGACUACCGGACGCUGCUGGUGUCCGACUGGACGCGGCUCGGGUUCGCCGAGGUGGACUAUGGGUGGGGCCCGCCCGCGCAUGUAGUGCCACUGACAAACCUGGACUACAUCGCCACGUGUAUUCUGGUGAGACCGUGGGCCCACAAGCCAGGUGCGCGGCUGAUCACGCAGUGCGUCACCCCCGACCGCGUCGCCGCCUUCCACGAGGGCAUGCUCGACAUGAGCUGAAGGAGUCUCAAGGAGAGCGAGUCAGAGAAGCCCAAGGCGAAGGAAAAUGGUUAAGGUUAAUUGCGUGAUUAGGCCGGUAAUUAGAUAUGAUUGGUAUUGGAUUACAUAACUAAUAGGUGGAUUGAUGAGUGUUCUUGGUGGUGUGUACGUAGCUCCUGAAUUCGGAGAUUUUUUUCAAAAUUGUAUUGCAUUUGGUGGGAAGCUACCAGCUACUUUGACCAAUAUUGGAUUUGGUGAUUGCAUUUGGUAAGGGCAAGCUAGGGCUUCAAAACUGUGUGCACACUUCAAUAUAUCUGGAACUAGAUGGUACAUAUGUUUUGAAUAAAACACGAUUUUCAAUA